GAGAGAAAGACUCAUUCGCGCGCAGCGGUUCGCAGUUCCUAGCAAUCCAGAAAGACCCAAAGUUGAAACAGAGACAGACAUUUGCUUCUACGAAAGCCCUUAAAGGGAAGAAACGCAGCACCACGGAAUCAAACAGAGUUAUACAGGUUUUACACUCUAGCCCGCGUUAAGAACGCCAGUAUCUUAAAAUAAAGGUGCUGAUACUGUAAAAUUAUGUGGUAUACGAUAGUAAAAAGAGUAUCUAUCGACAGAGUUAGUAUGUGUUAAAAUUGGCAAAUAAAUCAAAUAGAUGCCGUUCACUUGUCUGCCGACGAAUGUUUCAGCAGACCAUUUUAUACUGCUUAGUCUAUUUUGUGGUGUGAAAAACAGUGAUAAUAUCAAUAGACGGACCUAUGGUAAUUAUAUAAGUGGCUAUACUAAUAUCAUUGUGUUGGAUAUAGACUGGAAGUAGGCGGGUUAUGCUUGCUCAAGCCAACAUUGUUUAAAAUUGUAUUUCAUAAGUAUUAUGCGGUUCGAUUGGACGACAAAGGUUACGUUCAAUUUUGGAUCUUUAGCGCAAAUUAGUAGACUCUUUCCAAUCUAAAGAUGCUGAACAAAUGACAGGCCAUUAAAGGUAACACGGCAUUACCAUAAGUCUAUCAUUAUCCGUUCUGCAAAAAGCCCGCGACGUGUAAUAGCACAUUCUCUUUAGGAAGACAUUUGGCUUGCGCUCUUGUUGGAGAGAAAGAGACCGGGAGGACCCGUCAUGGAACAGCAGUAAAGUCGAUAGGAAAGUCAGACUAUUCAAUAUAUGUCUGGGAAACGGUGCAAGAUUAAUACGUUCACGAAAAAAAGAUAAGAUUCGAAGGCAACGGCGGGCCAUUCACUUUAUAAGACCCGCCGCCAGCUCGGUCAGGUCGACAGCCAAGGGACUCCUGGAGGACAUUCUCUUCGUAAAUAGUAUCUCUGUGUGAAUCAAGAACAUCUACGCUUGCUGUAUUCUGAUUGUUCUCUAGCUUGACAACAAUAGGUGUCAACAAAAUAGCUCUUACGAAACUUUCGGAAAAAUUGAACGGGUAACGAUAUAACGUAAAAGGUACCCAACUAAGUACUCAAGACAUUCUCGAAAUGAUUCUCAGAGUGACGAAGCUCUCAAGAAGAAGGCAGAUCCUUCGGGCCUUCUCCAGCGAUACUAGAAUUAACGCAGGUAAUUUUCGUUAGCAGUUGUGGUGUACACGUCUAUUCUCAGAUUUAGAACUAAAUACUAAAGAUAAUAUCACAACGUAUCGUAUCAGAAUGCAGAAUAUAGUGCUUUAUAGUGUAAAUGAUUUGUAUCCAAACGGCGUUUUCCUAUCUAUGGCCAAAAUCUUACGCAGCCAGUAUUAGCAGAUCUAGUUUCUAGCAAAUAAUAUGGGCUACAUAAGAUUGAAAGCCUUAAAACUUUAAUCUUCAGAGAAAUGGAAUGCAAACAACAGAGCACUUACCUAUCCAUCUUAUCAAUAUAUUCCAACUUGAGCCCAAUCCAGUAAAUCCUCUAGAGCAACAGAAUAAAGCACUUCUUCCAAAUAACUUCCUUCAUUCAUACAAAUUACAUUCCUGGAUAACACAAUAGAAUACAAUCAAAUCGUCCCUCUUAAUACCCUACUAAUGCUUAAUAGUAUAAUAGAAAGUAUCAAUAAUAUGAUAGAUGAUGUAUGCUUUGUAGCAUGAGCCAUGUAGCAAACUGUAGGAGAAUCAAUUAUCCAAAUUAAAACUCAGUGUCUAAGUCGACGAGGACGACUUUCGUUGAAGCGAACUCGCAGUAUUCUAAUAAAGACGGUUUUAAUUCGCUAAUCGUUUGGAACAAGCCAUUGGAAAAAUAUAUGUGUAAAGGUAAGGUUCCGAGACCUUUAAAAGUUGUUUCGCUAAAAUGAACGGCGUUGCUACUACCCUAGCGAGUGAUCAUCUAACCAGGAAGUCAUAUGCAUACUACGUAUGCAUUGUAUAUGUGUGUAUAGGGUUAUGUAUUCACGACGCAUCAACGCUGCAAUGAUACACUACAUCUAAGUCACAUGUACAGCUCUGUGCGCCCAGUUGUACUUCCCAAAUCCUUUGGCCAGUUAUGGGCAAAAUAUCAAAAGGGCGAGGUUUGUAUUUAUUGCCCCGCUUUAGUCGCUCACGGAGAGUCCACAUUCAACAAAGUGUUAAUAUAAUAGCUGAGGAUAAGAAGCUGAGGAAGCCCAGGACUCAACCUUCCCAUCGAUCGCAACAGCUGGGUUUAUUGCACGGUAUUACCUGAUAUGUAGCGUAUGACGUUCAAUACUAUACAAUUCAGUUACAUCAAGAGGUAGGGCCCACUGAUCGUGCAAAGCGUAUUACGCUUAUUGUAUUAAUUGAACAUUUUGAAUUGAAAAUCAUCUUCCCGGCUGAUUCACACUUCCACCGAGUGCAUCAGUGAAUAAAUGGCCAGCCAAAUAAGCAGAUAAAGAGGCAUAUUAGAAUUCUCAUGCCAUUUACCAAUAUCAGGUUCAUAGAGCAACAGGUGUCAUCGGCACCUGUUAAGGAGACACGCUGAAAAGCUUUCUGUGGUCAAGACUUGAUGAAUAUAACUUAGGCAGUGUUUGGUUCGAAUGUGGCAGUAUUACCUGCCAUUGCACAUUCGAAACAUUGAAGUUCUCGAAGAAAAAGUUUGAUGAAUGCACCAUUCCGCCGAGCUAAUCACGUCAUGACCACCCCGUUAAUGCAGAUGAAGUCUUUGCUGAAGCUAAAAGGUCAUGAAGCAUUUUGGUUCUUCGAGCUUUUGUAACCAAACCGAGGCAUUUGUCUGAAUAACAUAACGUUCAAAAUAUAACGGCAAAAGUAGGAUGCCGUUUGUAGGAUAAUUUGAUCUACGGUGUAUACGAUAGCCGUGCGCCAUCUAUCGCAGCUGAAAUUUAUAUAUUGGUAACAGGUGAUUUUAUACAAUACGUUAAAUAAGGUCUCUGAAUGGUAUAACAUGUCUAACUUUUUUCGGAUGGGUUAUCUUGGAGAUCUACAAAACCCGAUGUCCAGUUUAAAGUAUUUAGCACUUAACAUAAAUCAGUUAAAGCUUACCAACAAAUUUUAUAAAAAUUACCAAUUUUUACAUCACAGAUGACUGUAGGCUCCAGCUGCUAGCCGAUCAAAUUCGUCGGCAUGGCCAUCUGCGUGCAAGAAUUAAUCCCUUUGAAAAUGUCAAGACCACACUUCAUACGGCAGCCCUGAGCCAAAGUUAGAUCUUGGGAUUGGAAUGAAACGAUCGCAACAAACUUGUGGAGUUCUUCAGCCGCAUAACACUUAACCAGCAGCAAACGAAAGACCUAUCGGCAGAGAAGAUAACUCCGGAAGAAUUUGGUCUUCCUCGAAACGGCCUGCUCGAAUAUGGGGAACAAACUGGUACAAUCGACGAAUGGUACAAACGAAUGUUAGCCACGUAUACGGGACAUGUUGGAGUCGAAUUUAUGCAUCUAAAUUUUCUCGUGUCGUAGGAACGCGAGCGACGAGAUUGGUUCAUUCGGAUGUUAGAACGGGAAUCUUUUCUUUCGGCAAAACCGCUUCAACCAUUCCAGAAGCAGGUUUGCAAAGCACUUCUAGAAAGCCAGACUUUUGACCAAUUCGUAGCGACAAAAUUUGCCACAACUAAACGAUACGGCGGUGAGGGAGCUGAAAGCAUGAAUGCAUUUUUCCUUCAGCUUUUCCUGCAGGCCCCUAUCUGCGGCAUAACGGACAUUGUGAUCGGUAGUCCGCAUCGAGGCCGAUUAAACCUCCUCACAGGUUUGCUGCAAUUUCCCGCUGAGACCGUCUUCCGCAAAAUGCGCGGUUUGCCUGAAUACGAGACAUCUAAGUUUCCUAAGGCCAGCGGUGAUGUGCUCAGUCAUCUAUUUACCUCGGUUUCUCUCCAGAGUGAUCUUCGAGUGAGUCUUUUGCCGAAUCCAUCCCAUCUGGAAGCUAUUAGUCCUGUGGUUGUAGGAAAGGCUCGCGCCCGACUUCAACAGCUUCUUGGAAACAAUAGUUAUUCCCAGGUUUGUGACGCACCGAGACACACUAAUCCUUGGGUGCUUGCAGUGCAAGUGCACGGCGAUGCAUCAUUCGCUGGUCAGGGUGUCGUCAUGGAAACGCUUCUUCUAUCCCGUCUUCCGCAUUUCAAGACCGGGGGUUCACUUCAUCUUAUAGUUAACAAUCAGGUUGGCUACACGACGCCAACGGCGCUUGGAAAAUCCUCAAGAUAUAACUCCGAUACCAUGAAGGCAGUAGAUGCACCUGUGCUUCACGUUAAUGGAGAUCAUCCAGAAGCCGUAUGCGUCGCUACGCAGCUCGCUCUCAAUUACAGGCAACAUUUUGGUGAAGACAUCCUUGUGGAUAUGUGGUGCUUUCGGCGGUGGGGUCACAACGAAAUGGAUGAUCCCACAUUUACAAAUCCAAUCAUGUAUCGAGAGAUACAUGCGAGGCAGUCAGUACCUGACAUGUAUGCACAGAAGCUACAGGAUGAAGGUGUGCUUUCCAAAGACGAAGUCACAGCAAUUGUAUUAGAACAUAACGCUCGCUUGGCUGAGUCUCUUGCAAAGGCAGACUCGUAUGAAAGCCGUAGCCAAACCUUGAAGGGACGCUGGAAAAACAUCGUCCCUGCCCCCCUAGAAGGCCUUAUGCGGUUCGAUACGGGCUUGCCCAUCGAGCUUCUUCAGUACAUUGGACUCAAAUCCACUGAAGUUCCUCCAAAUUUCGCAGUGCAUCCGCACCUACAGAAGGUUGUAAUAGCCGAACGUGCCAAGCGUUUUACCGAAGGCAAGCGCUUCGAUUGGGCUAUGGCAGAACUUCUUAGCUUCGGUUCGCUUCUUUACCAGGGCUAUAACGUGAGAAUUAGCGGUCAGGAUGUUGGUCGAGGCACGUUUAGUCAUCGUCACGCAAUGCUGUUUGAUAACGAAACCGAAGAAAGACUUAUUACGCUCAAUUCACUACGGCCCGACCAGGGACAGCUCGAGGUCGUGAACUCACCAUUGAGUGAAGAAGCGGUAAUGUCGUUCGAAUACGGCUUUUCCUUGGAGUCCCCUAACAACUUAGUCAUUUGGGAGGCCCAAUUCGGUGAUUUCCAUAACUCGGCUCAGGUCGUAUUGGACACAUUAGUGACCUCUGGUGAGCGAAAAUGGCUCUUGCAAUCCGGCAUAGUUAUUUUGCUACCACACGGAUUCGAUGGAGCAGGAUCAGAGCACUCGUCCUCAAGGAUUGAAAGAUUUUUACAGAUUUGCGAUAGCAAUGAGAAGGGUGUUCCAGAUUCAGAGGAUGUCAACUUCCGCUUCGCGAAUCCCACAACAGCAGCGCAGUAUUUCCAUUUGAUUAGGAGACAGAUGUUGCCAAAUUUCCGCAAGCCACUGAUUGUUGCAUCACCGAAGACUGUUCUCCGGCUGCCCGAAGCUUCAUCGACACUUGCUGAUAUGGCGCCAGGCACUAGUUUUCAGCCAGUGCUGGGUGCCAUAGAUUGCGUGGACCCAAAAUCAGUAAAAAAAGUGGUUCUAGUGUCCGGGAAGCAUUAUUUCACUCUGGAAGCCAAACGACGGGAAUUAAGCCGUAACGAUAUCGCCAUUAUUCGGCUAGAACAGUUGUGUCCGUUCCCCGUCGCCGAUCUUGCCGAUGCGUUACGCCCGUUUCGACAUGUUAAAAACUUUGUAUGGGCGCAGGAAGAGGGACGCAACAUGGGCCCCUGGACAUUCGUAGCGACUCGUAUAAAGAACUUCCUCAAUAUAGAGAUGAGUUAUUGCGGUCGAGAGUCACUGGGUACUCCUGCAACAGGUGUCGGCGAAAAGCAUAAAGCAGAAGCAGCGGCCAUUGUUGACAGUAUCUUUAUGGACAGCGGCAAAUAGGUUACUAUUUUUUAGGUUACUAUUUGCCGCUGGACAAGCAAGGACAAGAAGGACUUGCUAUAUAUGACAUUUUUAGAUCACCUCAUUUUGACAAGCAACCACCUUGUUCGCAUCUUUUUGUACCAUAAUGUAAUAAAAAGAAUGUUUCCUGAAUGAAUCAUCUUUAAUAGUA